AUGAACGACUACAAACCUAAGCGUAUCCGUGUUUACAGGAAUGGCGAUACGUACCACACUGGAAGAAAACUUGUUGUAAAUCGGCAUAUUUACAGAAACUUUGAGCAGUUUUUGUUUCAUCUGACAGAUGAGGUCAAUUUGGUAUCUGGCGCUGUUCGAAAACUUUAUGAGCUCGAAACAGGCGGGCUAGUGCACAAUCUAGAUAACCUUAAAGAUGGCACGUCCUAUGUUGCAACAGGCGGCGAAUCUUUAAAACGAAUCGAGUACUUGGCCAAUGAGGAUCCAGUUGCUCCAUACAACACUAGACCCACUAGCUCCAUGAUGGCUAGCAAAUCUGUUUCAUCCGAGUCCAAAACCCGUCGUAUAAUCAAUCGAUCCACUGGCGGUUUGUUGCAAGAAACAGAAACUCCCCCACUUCACGCCGAGCCACAAAUCUUUAGUCCUAUAAGCAAGGCAUAUAAAAUUAUAGUCUUUGAAAACGGCGAAGCAUUUUCUCCUGGACUUCGGAUGAUUUUAAACUAUCGCAAUUGCAAAUCUUUUGAGCAGGUGCUGCGCCAUCUGAGCACAAAGAUGGUCUUGACGGCAGGACAAGUCCGAAAGCUUUAUGAUGCCGAAUCAGGAAAACGCAUUCGUUCACUUAAUGAAAUACGUCCAGGUCACAAUCUGGUGGCAGCAGCAUUUGAGCCUUUUAAAAAAGUUCAGUAUCUAAAGCAGGAUCUAUCUACUCCUGCCCCAGUCAUCAAGCAUGAAACACAGGCAGGUUUUCAUUAA